UGUAUUGACUCUUGAUGUAUUAAAGUACAUUAUUAUUAUAACAUAGUAGUUUAAUAUUUGAUUAGGUACUUUGUAAAAAUAAAAAUAACUUAACAGUUUACUCCUACAUUUCAUUUAUAUAUAGGUAGUAAAUUUAGCUUUUAAGGUUUAAUAUUUAGUUUUGAUGCUGUUGAUAUUAAAGCAUUGUAUUUAAGAUUGUUUCUGGCAUCUAAAUAUAAUGUCCGAACCAGUGAUUGUUGUGCACGGUGGAGCAGGAAAUAUACCGGACAAUCGUGAUCAACCAAAGUUCGAUGGAAUUUUAACAGCUAUCAGAAAGGCUUAUGCGACCUAUCAAAAAACAUCAUCUAUUACGGAUGCAUGUCAAGUCGCUGUUGAGUAUAUGGAAGAUGAACCUGCAUUCAAUGCAGGCCGUGGAUCGGUGUUAAAUCUAAAGGGUGAAAUUGAAAUGGAAGCCCUUAUUAUGGAAGGAAAAGACAUGAAGGCUGGAAGUGUUACUGGUGUAAGAAACAUUGCACAUCCAAUAGCACUUGCCAGAAAAGUUAUGGAAAACACUCCUCAUGUUUUUUUGAUGGGUGCAAGUGCUAAUGAGUUUGCUGAAAAAAUGGGAUUUGAAACUGUCAGUGAUGAUUAUCUGAUGACGAGUGAUGCAAGAAUAGGCUUGAACAAUUUUUUUAAAUCGGGGAGCGAACCCACUACAACUGAAAUUGGACAUGGAGGUGUUGGCACUGUUGGUGCAAUUGGUAUGGAUGCGAAUAGCGGGCAUAUGAUUUCAUGUACUUCAACAGGUGGAAUUACUGGAAAAAUGGCAGGUAGAGUUGGUGAUACGCCUGUUCCUGGUGCUGGUGGUUACUGUGACAAUAACGUGGGCACUAUUUCAACCACUGGCCACGGUGAUAGCAUAAUGCGCUAUUGUUUGGCUCAAAGAAUAAUGCAAAAUUUGGAAAACGGUGACACUCCAGAUAUUGCAGCUCAGAAAGCAUGUGAUGGUAUGUCUGCUCGCGUUGGUGGCAGUGCUGGGGCUAUUGUUAUUUCUAAGAGUGGGGAAAUUGGUAUAGGUUUCUCUUCUCCUAAAAUGGCAUGGGCCUUCUUAAAAAAUGGAAUAAUUUAUUAUGGAAUUAGAAAAGGUGAACAGUUUACUGUUAAGCUGUAAAAAAUCUAAUAAGAUCGCAGAAUCAAAAUUUUUUUAAUACAUUUUAUUAGGAUAUGUAUUGAUUGUUUUUUAAAUAUUGUUAAAUGUAUUACAAUUUACAAAUGCUUAUUAGAUUAAUAAUAAUUUAUCAAAUAAUUUUGAAAGUUGAAAAAAAUGUUCAUAAUUCAAUUUGCAAUAUUAAGCAUAAAGAAUAAAUAUUAUUAACCAAACAUUAUUGUUAUUAUCUAAUCAAGUAAAUGACAACACAAUUAAAGUAAUCUAACCAUUUAUAAAAUUGGUAACUGUACGCAUAGCUUGAUGAGCCUGUAUAUGAAGACUAUUUUGGAACUUAUUUACAACCUUAUUAAGUUACUAUUACCAUUGAUUAUUUAGUAGUGAAAUGUAAACUAUAAAUAAUCAAUGAUAUUACUAAAUAGUAUGAGAAUAAUUUUACUGUAGAAUUGCAAAUUAAAAAUCAACUAUGUAAAUAGUCAAAAACAUUAUAAUAUUUCUAUAAUAACUAAAUUGAUAGACUUUUAACAAUUUGUCUAGCUGUAAUCUAACAUCUAAAAUUUUUAUGAUCAUGUUUUUCAGAUUGUAAAUGUUAGACAUGAUAAAAAAGUAUUUUUACUUAGUUAUAAA